GGAGUACUUAAGAGAAUUCAGGGGUACAGGAGGGGUACAGGAAGGGUACAGUAGGGGUACAGGAAGGGUACAGUAGGGGUACAGGAGGGGUACAGGAAGGGUACAGGAAGGGUACAGUAGGGGUACAGUAGGGGUACAGGAGGGGUACAGGAAGGGUACAGGAGGGGUACAGGAGGGGUACAGGAGGGGUACAGGAGGGGUACAGUAGGGGUACAGGAGGGGUACAGGAGGGGUACAGGAGGGGUACAGUAGGGGUACAGGAGGGGUACAGUAGGGGUACAGGAGGGGUACAGUAGGGGUACAGGAAGGGUACAGGAGGGGUACAGUAGGGGUACAGGAAGGGUACAGGAGGGGUACAGUAGGGGUACAGGAGGGGUACAAUGAAAGUUCAUAGAGUUCCGUUGUGCUUUGCAGCCGUGCCUCCAUCGAUAGCUAUAAAAGAAGUAAGCCGCUGUUUCUGAUUCAGUCAGUUUUUAAUUAAACCUCGUGCAGUUCGGAUCACAAUGUUCAGCAAUUAUAAUCAUUUCGUUCAAAAAGGAUAUGGAAAUUUUGAAGAUGAUGACGACCAUACUGAAAGCUCACAAGAAAGCGAACAAUCAUCUCAAAGUUCUCAAUCUAGCGAAGAAAUGGACUCUUCCGGAGAGGAGGAGGAGGAGCAUGUAGAUCCUUGGUCACGCAUUCAAAAUGAAGUUUGUAAUCGCCACGAAGCCCAGCUCGAAGCUCUGAUCAACGAGUAUGAACAAAACGGAGACUCGCCUGAAGUGGCCCGCAUUAAAGCUGAAAAUGCUUUGCUUCCAGUAUAUAGAAAGGAAUUGAGAAAAGUGUUCUUAGAGUUUUUACAGUGGAUGCAUGCAAUGAAGAAAGAUCCGACAUUCCGAAAAGUGAUGGAAACCCGCCAACAUCUCAAAGACACAGAAGGAUAUGACUGGCUGGAAUCGACAGAACUUGCCAUCGAUAAGCGGAAAUUCUUACUC